CGGCUGUCCUGGAACAGGCAGGCCUGGACCUCAGUAACCCGCCUUCCUCUGUUGGUCUCCAACCCAGUCUGAAUCUGUGAUCUUGGUCUUCGUGUGGUGCUUGGGGAUCGAACCCAGGAACUCGUGCAUCCUCGAAAAUCUCUCUACCACCUGAGCCACAGUCUUGGGACAUUUUAUGUUGAAGACUAUUUCUAUGCAGGUGUCCUUCCUCCCUCUGCUUUACAAGGGAGGUUUUCAGAUUAAGGGUCCCGAGAACUGAAACGACAAUCUGCAAGCUCGCCUCUUUCUAGUCCAAGACACAUCCUCUACCGCGAGUAAACAUGCCAGCCUCGUGCCUCAGUUUUCCCCAAAGCUGGGCCCCAACUGGCACUUUUCCUUCCCUCCUCGGAGCUCCGCCUGCUCGGUGUUCUGAUUGACAGCCUGUCUGACCAAUCGGCGCAUGGAGGGUGCACGUGGUAGGCAGUCCCGUGGACACGCAUGCGUCUGUGCUUUGCUCCGGUGAUGGGUUCCUGGCGUGUUUGGCGUUGGGUCUCUGGGGCCUGGCGUCCCGGGCUGGGGGUUGGCGCACGGCCGAGAGAUGCAGGCUUCGGCACCGAGGCCCGACGUCGGCUUCAACCUCAAAGUUCCAACAAGCGCAAGAACCCAGUGGAGGACCAGCCCUUCCCGGGGCUGCUGCGGACAGAGAACCUCGGCCCGGAGGAGCUGGCUGACGUGCUGAGGGCAGCUGUGGUGGAUCAGAAAGGACCUCUGGUGACACUGAACAAGCCACAGGGUCUGCCCGUGACAGGGAGACCUGGGGAUCUGACGUUACUUUCUGUACUGCCACAGCUGAGCCGGGCCCUGGGGCUCGGACACCGGGAACUCCAGGUUGUGAGAGCGCCUGGAAAGGAGGCCUCUGGACUUGUGCUCCUCUCCAGCUGUCCCCAGACUGCUGGCCACUUGCAGAAGUUCUUUGUUCACUCUAGGAGAACCCGGAGACCCACAGCCACCUACUGUGCCAUCACUGAUGGCAUCCCUGAGCCUUCUGAGGGGACUGUCCACGUGGCUCUGAAGCUGGAACGCAUGGAUGGCGUUGAUCUUGCAGUCCCGGUGACAUCGCCAUCUCGAAAGGACAUCCUAGAAGGUGUCAAGAGGACCCUCAGCCAUUUCCACGUGAUGGCCACAGGCUGUGGCUGUGCCCUGGUCCAGCUGCAGCCACUGACAGUGUUCCCCAGUCAGCUGCAGGUGCACAUGGCCCUACAGCUCUGCCCAGUGCUCGGGGACCAUACCUAUGCUGCUCGAGUGGGCACCGUCCUGGGCCAGCGCUUUCUGUGGCCAGCCGAGACCACCAAGCCCCAGACACAGGUCCUGGAUGAAGCUCUCCUCAGACGCCUCCACCUGCGUCCUUCCCAGGUGGCCCAGAUGCCCCUGCACCUGCACCUGCACCGCCUCCUCCUCCCGGGCCCCAGAUCCAGGGACCCACCCAGGGAACUUCUGGCACCGCUGCCCUCCUACUUCUCUCGGUCCCUGCGGUGCCUACGGCUCUCCCAACAGACAGUGCUUGACCCCAACUGGAAAACGGAAGAGGAAGGGCUGUGACCCAGCUCAAGGACAGUGGGGUUGGUGCUGAGCACAAGGUCCUAAGAUCAAAUCUCAGUUAGGCCACUUGCUUGCUGUGCGGCGCUGGGCAGGUGAUGUCUCUCUGGACUUAAAAUAAUAAAAGUCCUACCUCACAA